ACAGGAAAACAAAGAUGGCAGGGAUAGGAAGCAGCAACUACUGGGAGGAUCUGAGAAAGCAGGCCAGGCAGCUGGAGAAUGAACUGGACCUGAAAUUGGUCUCCUUUAGUAAACUGUGCACCAGCUACAGCAGCUCUAGGGAUGGACGUCGAGGGGAGACUUCGGACACCACGCCCCUGCUAAAUAACUCGACCCAGGACAGGAUGUUUGACACCAUGUCUGUUGAGAUUGAACAGCUGCUGGCAAAGCUAACAGGAGUGAACGACAAGAUGGCAGAAUACACCAACACCCCGGGAACAGCGUCUCUCAAUGCUGCACUCAUGCACACUCUCCAGAGACAUAGGGAUAUUCUACAGGACUACACUCAUGAAUUUCACAAAACCAAAGGCAACUUUCUGGCCAUCCGGGAAAGGGAAGAUCUUUUAGGAUCUGUCAGGAAAGACAUUGAAACGUAUAAGAGUGGUUCAGGAGUCAACAACAGAAGAACAGAGCUGUUUCUUAAGGAGCAUGAGCAUCUUAGAAACUCAGACCGGCUGAUGGAUGACACAAUAAGCAUUGCAAUGGCAACCAAGGAGAACAUGACCUCACAGAGGGGCAUGCUGAAAUCCAUACACAGCAGGGUGAACACUCUGGCCAAUCGUUUCCCAACUAUCAACAGUCUCAUCCAGCGAAUCAAUCUGCGAAAGAGAAGGGACUCCCUCAUCCUCGGCACUGUGAUCGGCGUCUGCACCAUUCUCCUCCUGCUCUAUGCUUUCCAUUAACCUCCCCGGUCAGACGAUUUCUAACAAGGCAGGACUCCUCUGCUCUUUGUAGCAUAUGAAUCCUCAGCUCCUCCCCAGAGACGACGCCCGGUGAUCGAAGGACCACGGAGGUUCCAAAGCAGAGAGACAUUUAGCUGGUCCUGUUCUAGGACAGGACCAAAUUUGGCCAACAAGUUCCCACUGAGCCAGCAUUUAACGAGACAGAUUUAGGGCUGGUGGUCGCUUCUUCUUCUUAUACCCACAAGGAAAUGGAGACCAAAAGUACAAGUGAGACCAGUUAAUUUUUGUUUGUGGACAAGCUUUGUGCUUUUUUUCUAAUAAGAUCAGAGACUAAAGCUAUCUUGUUUUAAUAAGGAGGUUGAAGGAUAUUUCUUCUUCUUUUUCAGUUAUUUUUAAUGAUUUUGGGGGAGUCAUAAUUCAUUGUAAGCUGUAAAAUGUGAAUUAAUAAAUUAUUCAUAUCAGUAUGUGUUUUAAAAAAAUGUGGAGUGAGUAAAUUUUUAUUUUGUUGUUUUAAGAUGAGCCGUUUCUGAUAAAGGUUUAGUACCAGGACGUACAAACAUAUUCAAUACAAGGCAGGACUCUUUGUUCACACAAAGAUAAAAGUAUAAAAACAAUUAAGAAUGCCACACUAUAGACAAUACAACAAAAAAGAUUUUUAGUCUUUAAAAAGUAUCAUUCUUUGAACCAAAGGACUGUGCAACUGUGUAGAAAAAUUUACAAAACUUUCUAUUUGAGCUUUAAAAACAUGUAAUCCUAUGAAGUUAGCACAGAUUCUUACCCUUUUCCUGCCUAAAUUUAUUGGCAGUUCUUUACGAAAUUUAUUUUUUUUCUAUCAAGCAGAUGCUAAGUUAAUUAAAUUGGUAAUUCAAAUAUAAAUCUAGGUAUGAUGCUGAUUGGCAACAUUAGGCCAAAUUUAGCUUUAUAAUAAUAUAACAAAUACUCAAUGCUUUUCUAGAAUGUAGCUGAUUUUAUUAAUGACAAUGUUGCUGAAAAGGAAAUUUGAUUUGAAUUACUGCAUAACUUUCUGUACAGUUUAUUCUGGAACAUGGUUACAAUUCAGAAACCAUGGCAUACUACCCGGUCUUAUUGUUUCUGGCUAUGUUGUUUUUUUCCCCCUCCUUAUUAAAAGCAAGCUUCUCUCACUGACA